CUCUACUUCCAGCCGCAGCCCGAGGGCAACGGCAGCCGCGGGCCGGCGGGCGAGAGGGAGCCGCGCUUGGUCUUCAUCGAGGAGGCGGCGGCGGCGGGAGGGGGGAAAGCGGCGCGGGGCCCGGCAGAGCGGUGCCGGGAGCGCAGCGCCUGGGCCUCGGACGUGGAGGUGGUGGGGCCGCUGCGCUCGGGCGGCGCGGCGGGCUCGGCGCUGGCCGAGGUGCGGGUGCGAGAGCCGCGCAAGGGCGAAGCGGCGGCGGCGCCGGGCGGGCGGCUCUUCUCGCUGUGCGCGUGGGACGGGCGGGCGUGGGCGCAUCACGGCGCGGCGGGCGGCUUCCUGCUGCGGGUGCGGCCGGCCUCCCCAGGGCUGGGCGCCUGGCUGCUGCCGCUGCCCGAGGCGGGCUGGCUGCGGGCGCUGGGCGCGCUGCUGCUGCUGGGGCUGUCGGCGCUGUUCAGCGGGCUGCGCCUCUCGCUGCUCUCGCUGGACCCGCUGGAGCUCCGCGUCCUGCGCAACAGCGGCUCGGCCGCCGAGCGGGAGCAGGCGCGGCGGGUGCAGGCGGUGCGCGGCGGCGGAGGCACCUACCUGCUGUGCACGCUGCUGCUGGGCCAGGCGGGGGCCAACGCGGCGCUGGCCGGCUGGCUGUGCGCGUCGCUGCCCGGCGGAGGGCCGGCGGCUGGCGGAGGGCCGCGUGGAGCGCCGUGGCUGCCGGUGCUGCUUUGCGCGGCCGCCGUCUUCCUGGGCGGCGAGGUGCUGCCCUACUCGGUGUGCUCGCGGCACGGGCUGGCCAUCGCGUCGCGCACGCUGUGCCUCACCCGGCUGCUGAUGCUGGCCGCUUUCCCGCUGUGCUACCCGCUCAGCCGGCUGCUGGACUGGGCGCUCCGGCAGGAGCUCAGCGUCUUCUCCACGCGGGAGCGGCUGCUGGAGACGCUGCGCGCCGCCGGGCCCCACGGCGACCUGGUGCGGGAGGAGUUGGCCAUGGUGCAGGGAGCGCUGGAGCUGCGCACCAAAGUAGUGGAGGACGUGCUGACGCCGCUGGCCGACUGCUUCAUGCUGCGUGCCGACGCUGUGCUGGAUUUCGCCACCGUCUCCGAGAUCCUUCGCUCCGGCUACACACGCAUCCCUGUCUAUGAGGGCGACCGGCGUGACAACAUCGUCGACCUGCUCUUUGUCAAAGACCUGGCCUUUGUUGACCCCGAUGACUGCACCCCGCUGCAGACCGUUACCCGCUUCUACCGCCGCCCGCUCCACUGCGUCUUCAAUGACAUGCGCCUCGACACGCUGCUUGAGGAGUUCAAGAAGGGGAAGUCUCACCUGGCCAUCGUGCAGCGGGUGAACAACGAAGGGGAAGGAGACCCGUUCUACGAGGUGAUGGGCAUUGUCACCCUUGAGGAUGUCAUUGAGGAGAUCAUCAAAUCUGAGAUCCUGGAUGAGACGGAUCUGUACACGGACAACCGGAAAAAGGAACGUGUGCCCCACCGGGGCCGCAAGCCCCAGGACUUCUCCAUCUUCAGGCUGUCAGACAGCGAGAUGAAGGUGAAGAUCUCCCCGCAGCUCCUGCUGGCGACACAUCGCUUCAUGGCUACAGAGGUGGAGCCCUUCAAGUCCCCAUACCUCUCCGAGAAGAUCCUGCUGCGGCUCCUCAAGCACCCCAAUGUCAUCCAGGAGCUGAAGUAUGACCGCAAGAACAAGAAGGCAGCAGAGCAUUACCUCUACCAGCGCAACCGCCCCGUCGACUACUUUGUGCUCAUCCUGCAGGGAAAAGUGGAGGUGGAGGUUGGCAAGGAAGGGCUGCGCUUUGAGAACGGGGCAUUCACUUACUAUGGAGUCCCUGCCAUCAUGGCUGUCGUCUCCUCGGAUAACGAUGUGCGGAAAGUGGGCAGCGUGGCGGGAUCGUCCUUCCUGUUGCCUGUCUCAGUGUCCCGUACCUUCGCCUUCAGCAGAGGGGACUCCCUGGCUGGCUCUCCAGUGAACCGGUCCCCCUCGCGGUGCAGCGGGCUCAACCGCUCCGAGUCCCCAAACCGGGAGCACAGUGACUACGGGGGCAGCACCAUGCAGCUCUACAGCAGCAGCAAUAACAUCUACACACCCGACUACUCCGUGCACAUCCUUUGUGAUGUCCAAUUUGUCAAGGUGACCCGGCAGCAGUACCAGAACGCGCUGGUGGCCAGCCGCAUGGACAGCUCGCCCCAGUCCCCUGAUGUGGAAGCCUUUGACAGGGACUCAACAAAGGCUUCAACAGCUCGGGGCACCCCACAAACACCCAAAGAGGACACCACCACCCUCCUGAUUGAGAAGAACAGCCGGUCUGAGGGUCAGCGCAGCCCCAGUGACUCUGUGUGCCUGCGCAUGGAGGCCAUCCCCUUCAUCCAGGAGGAGCUGGCAGAGCAACAGGAGGGUGGUGAGCAGCAGGACAGGGAGUGCUGCGGCCCUGGCCUGGAGGCAGAGUCCCCAGGAAGGGAGGUCGGGAGCGGCUCCUCUCCCAGCAGUUCCGAGGAGACUUUGGGCAAGAGGCUGCUGAGAUCACUGAGUGAGCGCAGGCAGCGACAGUCACCAGAGGGUGAGCAGAUGCCAGAAGAGAGUUCCAACCUCGCCCCGCUGAUCACCUGAGCAGAAGCGUGGCCAGAGCACGGUGCUGGAGGCCCACGUGGAUCCCAGGUCUGCAGCAUGGUGGUCUCCUGCCACAAGGCCCUUGUCCAGCAGCAGCAGGUCUGCACUCGCUCUG